AUGGAGGUGUGUCGCGAUCGUUACGGUUGGUUUAAUGUGACAUUUUUUCGACUAUGGGCUUGCUCCCAGUGUUACAGCUACCUGUUUCCUGAUAUGGAUAACAAACUCAUGAUUCCGUCCAGGCGAGCCAUUGAGAUGAUGGGGAUAGAAGGAACUUUGAUUCCAUCCGAGACGAUUAUAUAUCCUGACCUUUUUGAUGGAGCUGCCGUCAGGGAUAAGAGACUUUGUGCAUUUUUGGGGCAAGAAAAAUGUCAGCGCUUAAAUUCUUGUUGUGCUGCAGCCAUAAA